AUGGUGCAGGCCCGAAAGUCGGCCUCACUCCUUUUUGAGUCAUCCGAAUUGUCGCUGAUUAGCGUCAAACUGGCAGGCGAGGGUAACACACACGAUAAAACUGCAAAAUGUCUAGUGGGAAGCCGUCUUUCUGCGCGAAUGAGAUACGAAAGCCACAGGAUACAGAACGAUGGCGAGGUAGAGAAAUUGGAGAUUCAGAGCCGAGAUGCAGUUACAAAAACCCUGGUCACCGUUUGCCUCUCUAUAUACGGAGCAAUUCCAGCCCUGAGGUCGUCAGCUACGAUAACAAAUGAAUCCGAGGAUACCGACAUAACCGUCACCCAACUCUCCUCCAUUGCAGUUGGUGGCUUGACGACAAAUUCACCGCAGUGGUACCAUGAUUACACACUCUGGACAAGUACAAACACUUGGUUUCGAGAGGCACAGUGGCGUAAGCAGACAUUACCCGAAAUCGGUAUCGACAAUGAUGGGAUCUGUGAGCUUCCCGACGGACACCUGGGCUCACAGGCGGCGUUUACCCUCCAAAAUCAUGGCUCCUUUUCCACAAACGGCCAUUUAUCGAUGGGUGCCCUAGUUUCAAAGGAUAAUAACGAUACCUGGCUCUGGCAGGUUGAAAAUAAUGGGUCCUGGCGGUGGGAAAUCGGAGACUACAAAGAUAGCAUCUAUCUUGCUGCUGGCGGUCCAACAGGAAUGGACCACGACUGGAAACAAGUACUGCGCCCUGGACAGAGCUUUACCACGGUUCCUGUCGCUUUGGCUCACGUGGAUGGUGGCCUGGAAUCAGCAUUCGCCGCACUCACUGAUUAUCGGCGACAGAUCAGAAGGCCGCACAAGGACAAUGAGAACCUCCCUAUCAUCUUCAACGACUACAUGAAUUGUCUUAUGGGUGAUCCAGAUGAGGACAAGGUAGCAGCUCUUAUCGAUCCGGUGGCCAAGACGGGGGCUGAGUACUUCGUGAUCGAUGCGGGAUGGUACGCGGAUGAUGGUAUCUGGUGGGAUGAUGUGGGGCUAUGGGAGCCUUCAAAAAAGCGUUUUCCGUCCGGGUUCAAAGUCCUUCUAGACAAGAUCAGGGGCAAGGGGCUUAUUCCUGGCUUGUGGAUCGAACCGGAAGUUGUUGGCGUACGAAGUGUAGUGGCCAAUCGUCUCCCCAAAGACGCUUUUUUCCAAGAGUGUGGCCAGCGAGUUGUCGAAAAAGGCAGAUUCCAACUUGACUAUCGUCACCCGGAGGUCCGAGCUUGGAUAGACAAGAUUAUCUAUAACCUCGUCGUGAACUAUGGUGUGGGAUACCUCAAGUUCGACUACAAUAUUGAAGUCACACAAGGCACAGACGUUGGGGGGUCGUCAUCUGCUGGGUCUGCACAUCUCGAACAUCAGCGGGCGUACCUCGUAUGGGUCAGAUCGUUGCUUGACAGGUACCCCACGCUCGUUAUUGAGAACUGCUCGAGUGGUGGACAGCGUAUGGAAUAUGCCAUGUUAUCGGUUCAUUCACUCCAAUCGACAAGUGAUCAGCAGAAUCCGGCACUCUAUGCGGCUAUUGCUGCAGCCUUGCCAACCGCUGUUGCCCCAGAACAAAGCGCAACUUGGGCCUACCCCCAACCCGAAUGGAGUGACGAGCUCAAUGCAUUCACUGUCGUCAAUAGUCUACUAGGACGUGUUCACCUUAGUGGCCGCUUAGACAAGCUCAGCCCUGGUCAGCUCAGACUUGUGAUAGAAGGUAUGGACGUGUAUAAGAUUAUUCGUUCGCACUUGAACUCUGCACAUCCCAUUUGGCCCCUUGGGCUUCCUCAAUGGCACGAUGACUGGGUGUCUCUUGCUUUGGUUACAAAGAAGAACGGCAUAUAUCUUGCUGUCUGGCGGAGAGGUGGUGUUACAGAAAAAGACUUGCCAGUGAAGUUGCCUGACGGUCAAACUGCAACCACAGCAAAGGUGCUAUACCCAACUUGUUUUAGCACUGACGCAACGUGGAAUAAGACAUCGGCAAUACUACGCUUGAAACUUCCCGACACAGUCUGCGCUCGGCUUUUACACAUUUUGUGA